UUUGCGUCUGUUCGGUUAAGCCGGCAACAAGCAUAGAGACCGGUUCGACGUCCGCUCGGUUUACUACAACCUUUUACCCGCCGCAGAAGCUAAAACCUCGCCCCUCCGCCUCCAAGAGACCAUCAGCGGCUCCGGCACGUUUUCUCCGUCUGUCGAGCGAAGCGAACAUCUGCUGGAGGUUGGCAAGCACUAGUGCUUAUAUUCGUGAAGCGAGCAUCUGCUCGUUUUCGCGCUUAUAGUCGACUUCCAUUCGAGAUUUAUCAUCUGCUCUCGAAGGACUUUUAGUUCACCAAAGAGGUGACGUAAUAGGAAAUUUCAUUUGGUUUCUGACUGCCGAGUCAUUUUGCUUGCUUUCUGGUUGAAUACAUUCCAAUCUCUGCUCCGUCUUUAAGCAUUUCGCACAUCUCCUGCUGUCAAGUUACUGUGAAAGCAUUCGAGAGAUGAUAUCGGCGAUAUCCUGGGUCCCUAGAGGUGCUUCGAAGGCGGCCCCUGAGAUGGCCGAACCACCUUCCAAGGAGGAAAUUGAAGAGAUUUUGAAGAGUGGAGUUCUGGAAAGAAGUGGAGAUAGUGAUGGCGAGGAGGAUGAUGAAAACAUGGAUGCGGUUGCUUCAGAAAAGGCUGAUGAAGUUUCCACUGCAUUACUUGCCGCUGAUGCACUAGGGAGAAGUUCCAAGGUGACAAAAGUUGGAUCUGGUUUUGAGGAUAUAACUGAUGGUUUGAGGGAGCUUGAUAUGGAUAAUUAUGAUGAAGAAGAUGAAGAUGUAGAGCUCUUUAGCAAUGGACUUGGUGACUUGUACUACCCGAGUAAUGACAUGGAUCCCUACCUCAAGGAUAAGGAUGAUGAUGAUGAUUCUGAAGAGCUUGAGGACCUGUCUAUUAAACCAAUGGACUCUCUCAUUGUUUGUGCUCGUACAGAUGACGAAGUCAAUCUUCUUGAGGUCUAUUUAUUGGAGCCAUCAGCUAACGAUGAAUCAAAUAUGUAUGUUCACCAUGAAGUAGUUAUUUCAGAAUUUCCCCUCUGCACAGCGUGGCUUGACUGUCCGCUUAAAGGUGGCGACAAAGGAAAUUUUAUUGCUGUUGGCUCAAUGGAGCCUGCCAUUGAGAUUUGGGAUCUUGAUAUUAUUGAUGCUGUAGAACCAUGUCUUGUAUUAGGCGGUCAAGAAGAGUUGAAGAAGAAAAAGAAGAAAGUAAAGAAGGCAUCGAUUAAGUACAAGGAGGGUAGUCACACGGAUUCAGUGCUUGGCCUUGCUUGGAACAAGGAGUUCAGGAAUAUACUUGCCAGUGCAAGUGCUGAUAGGCAAGUCAAAAUUUGGGAUGUUGCGGCUGGAAAAUGCAAUAUUACCAUGGAACACCAUACUGACAAGGUUCAAACAGUUGCGUGGAAUCAUCAUGCUCCACAAGUACUUCUUAGUGGAUCUUUUGAUCAUUCAGUAGUUAUGAAGGAUGGAAGAAUACCUUCACAUUCUGGAUAUAGAUGGUCUGUAACGGCAGAUGUCGAAAGUUUGGCGUGGGAUCCACAUUCUGAACACUGCUUUGUGGUAUCCCUUGAAGAUGGCACCAUUAGAGGAUUCGAUAUACGAGCUGCUACAUCUAAUUCUGCCUCUGAGUCACGGCCAAGUUUUACUCUUCAUGCACAUGAUAAAGCUGUCAGCACAAUUUCAUACAAUCCUUUGGCACCCAAUCUUCUCGCGACAGGGUCAACAGAUAAGAUGGUAAAACUCUGGGAUCUGUCCAAUAACCAGCCUUCAUGUAUUGCUUCGAGAAAUCCAAAAGCUGGUGCUGUAUUUUCUGUUUCCUUCUCGGAGGAUAGUCCCUUUUUACUUGCUAUUGGAGGUUCAAAGGGAAGACUUGAAGUGUGGGAUACAUUAUCUGAUGCAGCUGUAUCCCGAAGAUUUGGAAACCAUGGCAAGCCAAAAGCAGCAAAACCUGGUUCUUGAUUCUUCCAAAUGAGAACAUAGUAAAAAUGUCUUGGAUCUUCUCAACGUCGGCAUUGCUCAGUUCUUAGAGCUCAUUGAAAUGCCUGAAGCCAGGGGUGACUCUGCAGGUCGAGUCAUGUUCUUGUGGCAGCAUGUUAUUUAGCAUUUUUAAGUGACUUCGUCUUAUUUUUGGGUGUUGAGAAGG